UGUGAAGCGUUAAAAUGAGAUUGAUAGUUUUUUUACUUGCACUUGCGGCUGCAUUGACUAUGGCGGAUGAUGUUGAUUAUUAUCAUUAUUUCAAUGAAGACUUUUAUUCUGAAGACUACGAAUUGACAACUUUAAAACUGCAACAAACAUCAGAGUCCGCUUCUCAGAAUGGUGAACUGAUUUAUGUCAUUUGGAGCGCAUUAGCUUUGCUUUACGCAGUUAACUUCAUCUCCUACCCGCGGUACAAAAUAUUUUUUACUCAAGAAGGAACUUCCAAAAAUUGUGAUGAUGCAUCAAUUAUUCUGGAAUAUUAUUAACGAGAGCUAUAAAAAUCUUUUAAAUUUUUAUAUGUACAAAUAAAAACAUUGAUAACUUUGAGCCUAAAAAUAUCUCUCCCAGCGUCAGUUUCUUUUCAGCUUUGGACUGUACAACACUGGAAAAAUGAUCAUGAAAGUCUCAUUCUGGAUUAUUUUUGCGUUAUCAGUUGUGAGUGUAAAAGCCAGCAUCGAAUCUCAUGUUACAAAUAAAAGCAAUAAUUUACAUAAAGUUAAUUUAGAAAGAUUAGAAGUGGUUGAUGAUGGGAAAGAGACAAAAUUUCUUACUACAACUACCGAGAAUGUUUCAAGUUGGACAACUGACGAAAUUCCAACAACAACAUCAAAUUUGACGACAACAUCAACUUCGACGAUAACAUCAACUCCGACAUCGACAACAACACCAAAUUCGACCUCAACAUCUACAACGCCAAUAACAACCUCGAGCACAACUCCUUUACCAGUUUCUACAACCACAGAUAAUAUUAAAACCACCACUAACAUCACGCCAGUUCCAUCUAACGACACUCAUCCUGUAAAAUGGCUUUUGGGUGGAAUCUUUCUGGGUAUUUUCUUAAUGAUAAUUUCAUUGUAUGCAUACAACAUUUAUAAAAGCCGAUCAGAGUCUACGUAUCAAAAUUUAUAAAAAAAUUGUUUAACAUCGUGACUCUAUUAUCAACAUUUAUAUAACAUUGUUGUUGUCGUUAAUAACAAAAAAAAACGAAAAUAAAAAGUUAACUUCACAAUUAAGCCAUUCUUUUAUCAAACAAUAUUCCGAUACUCGCCCUUCGUCAUUCAUUCUC